AACAGCUUUCGCCCUGGAGCGGUGCGCGAUGCUGUCUCACGCCGACCUCCUGGACGCCAGGCUAGGUAUGAAAGAUGCCGCUGAGCUCCUGGGCCACCGGGAGGCGGUGAAGUGUAGGCUGGGCGUGGGGGGCUCCGACCCUGGGGGCCAUCCGGGGGACCUAGCGCCCAACUCCGACCCAGUCGAGGGAGCGACUCUGCUGCCCGGGGAGGACAUCACUACAGUGGGCUCUACGCCGGCCUCGCUGGCGGUGAGCGCAAAGGACCCGGACAAACAGCCGGGGCCCCAAGGCGGCCCGAACCCCAGCCAAGCCGGCCAGCAGCAGGGCCAACAGAAGCAGAAGCGCCACCGGACGCGCUUCACGCCCGCGCAGCUCAACGAGUUGGAGAGGAGCUUCGCGAAGACUCACUACCCCGACAUCUUUAUGCGCGAGGAGCUGGCGCUGCGUAUCGGGCUGACCGAGUCCCGAGUGCAGGUCUGGUUCCAGAACCGGCGCGCUAAGUGGAAGAAGCGCAAGAAGACCACCAACGUGUUCCGCGCGCCGGGGACGCUGCUGCCCACGCCAGGCCUGCCUCAGUUUCCGUCAGCCGCCGCCGCGGCCGCCGCCGCCAUGGGCGACAGCCUGUGCUCCUUCCACGCCAACGACACCCGCUGGGCGGCGGCCGCCAUGCCGGGCGUGUCACAGCUCCCGCUGCCGCCGGCUCUGGGCAGGCAGCAAGCCAUGGCUCAGUCGCUGUCCCAGUGCAGCCUGGCGGCCGGGCCGCCGCCCAACUCCAUGGGCCUAUCCAACAGCCUGGCGGGCUCCAACGGCGCGGGGCUGCAGUCGCAUCUUUACCAGCCCGCCUUCCCCGGCAUGGUGCCCGCCUCCCUCCCCGGCCCCAGCAACGUCUCCGGCUCGCCCCAGCUCUGCAGCUCCCCGGACAGCAGCGACGUGUGGCGGGGCACGAGCAUCGCCUCCCUCCGCCGCAAGGCGCUAGAGCACACAGUCUCCAUGAGCUUCACUUAAUGCAGCCGCGCCCAGCCUGCUCCGCCCCCGGCGCCGCCCCCAGGGCCGCCCAGAGGUCCUUCGGCGCG